AUGAGCGCCAUAUUAAGGGAAGAACAUCACUCCUAUUGUGGCUCUCUAUCAAGCUCAACGUUCACCCUCACACACUAUGCCUCUUGUGUCAUAUUAGCUAUUGGUGGAUUGCUCUUUGGCUACGACCAGGGUGUUAUGUCUGGUAUUCUUGUCAUGGAACAUUGGAUUGAAUAUUUCAAUAAUCCCAACGCAGUUUGGCGUGGAUUUAUUACGAGUAUUUAUCUUUUGGGUGCAUUUGUCGGUGGUCUUGCUGCAGGCCCGAUCAGUGAACGGAUCGGUCGUAAACGGAGUAUCAUGGCUGGAACAUUUAUGUUUUGGUUUGGUACUAGCAUGCAGACAGGAGCGACAAACGUCGAGCUUUUAAUGGCUGGCCGAUUCUUCCAAGGUAUUUCCAUCGGUAUGUACAGUAUGAAUAUUACUGUGUACCAGAGCGAGUUGAGUCCUGCGCAUCUCCGUGGUCGUGCAAUCACUUUCCAGCAAUUCAGUAUUGUGACGGGUAUUAUGGUUGCUUUCUGGAUCGGUUAUGGUUGUGCUUAUAUUCCAAGCGAUGCAUCAUGGCGUGUUCCCUUGGGUAUCCAAUUGGCUCCAAGUGUCGUUCUCUUCUUCGGCUGCUUCAUCCUGCCUUAUUCUCCACGUUGGCUUGCCAGUAAAGGUCGGUACGAUGAGGCUCUCGAAACGCUCGCAAAGCUUCAUGCCGAUGGCGAUGCCAAUAAUCCAUACGUGCGCCAGGAAUUCGACGAAAUCAUGGAACAAGUUCGCUUUGAAGAAAAACAUGCGAUGAGAUCGUAUCGAGAAGUGUUCCGCUCAAAGUCCACGCGUAAGCGUGUCUUUUUGGCUAUGGGCAUCCAGGGUAUGCAGCAGUGGAUCGGCAUCAAUGCAGUGUUGUACUACGCGCCUUUCAUUUUCCAGUCAGCUGGUAUGACCGGUACAUUGCCUUCCCUGCUCGCAACUGGCGUCAACGGCAUUGUAUGUGUAAUCUUUACAGUUCCUGCUCUGCUUUAUAUCGAUAAGUUGGGCCGUCGCAAGACCAUCUUGGGUGGCAGUAUUGGCAUGGGAACGUCGAUGCUUAUUGCUGGUUCUCUCCUUAGAGCUCAUCCAUACGUGGAAGGCGGCGACAACAAUACCCAAGCACAAUAUGGUGCUGUAGCCAUGAUGUUUAUCUUUAGUGCAUCCUUCUCGACGUCUUGGGGUCCCUGUGGAUGGAUUUAUCCAGCAGAAAUUUUCCCUAAUCGCGCUCGUGCAAAGGGUACUUCACUUGCCACUGCUACCAACUAUCUUAUGAACUUUGUUAUUGGCGAGAUUACCCCUAUCAUGUUGGAUCGUAUUUCGUAUGGCACCUACUUUUUCUUCUUUGCAACCAACGUUAUCUGUGCUUUCAUCAUUUGGAAAUUCUAUCCCGAAACCAAGGGCCGUUCGCUCGAAGAGAUGGAAAUUUUAUUCGGAGGUGAAGAAGCUGAAGUCAUCAAGGCCGUUGCUGAACGUAGAUACGACGCUAGUGGUGCGAUUGUGGCAGAACCAGCCCAAGCAGCCGAGAGCUCUUCAUCGCCCGAUGAGCAGAAGGAAAAGACACAAGUUUAA